CAACCAGCGACUUCCUGUGAGUGAAGAGCAGUGAAGCGGCGGCAGAACAAAAGCUCAAGAAAAUAAUUUAAUAACCAGAUUAGUAAACAUCUGAAUUUUCUAAUACAUGGCUUGGCGGAAGGAGGUAUGCCCUCUACCGAACAUCCUUCAAGUUUAAAGGAUCACAUCAACUCUCACUGAAAAUGCCACUACCUUUGAUGAACGUUGGCCUGAAAUCACUGGGGAUUAUCCAGACAAUGAUUGGAGCUGUGAUAUUCAUGUUUGGUUUCGUCAUCAAACAUACUCAGACUUUGGCUGUCCGUAGCUGCUCCGUAUACUGGGGGUCUGUUUGUUUUUUCAUCUCUGGUGUUCUGGCAAUUUCUACCGUGGACUAUCAUCAUCCCUGUUUGGUGAAAUUCUCGCUGCUUAUGAACGUGAUCAGCACUGUGGCUGCUGGCGUAGCCCUUGUGGUAUUCAGUGUUGAUCUGGGCCAACAUGCUAUAACACUACCAGAAUGUUCUGAUCUGGAAUCGUGUGCCUUAGUUGCCCUGUAUGAGGUUUUUCUUGGCACCUUUAGAGUGCUCCUGGUUUUCUCUUUACUUGAGAUGUGUGUGUCGAUCUGGUCAUUUGUCCUGAUCUGGAAAGCCAGAGACUCCACUGAAGCUAGGUCUUAGGCAAAUGUUCAUCAGCUCAACAAUCCAUGGGAGGAAAGCCUCAACUCACCUUAAUGCAUCUUCAGAGUUUUUUUUUUAUGUCUUGUUGUGUAUGCUUAAAACAUAUGACAUGAUUUUCUUUUUUUAAAAUGUACCAAAUGGGACCAAAUUAAUCCUGACAAAAUUGUUUAUCUUCAAGAUUACACUGAUUUUAUGAUGUACUUUUCUGAUGUGUGUCAGUAACAUAUUUUCC